AUGAAUAAAGCGCAAUUUAGAAGAUUGUUGUCUUUGAUUCCAGAUAGGCAACAAUCUCCUAUCAACACUAAAUUAUUUGAAAUUGAUUUAACUAUUCAAUAACCCAAGAUCAAACCGAAAUAACUGUUCAUAGAAGAGCUCCCUUUAUUUUUGAAUCAACAACACAUAUAAAUAUUACCUUUCGUUCCGCAAAGAAUGAAAACUGAAGUUUACAAAAAGAUCUAACAAAACUUUAGUAAACCCUUUAAGAGUGAGGACGAAAGAUAUAAUACAAUUGAUGUAGUUAGAUCCAAAUCUCGUAAACCAACGGAAGUUAGAAAGGUUUCUUGCACCAAUUCGUACUAAAUACAACAAUAGCAAAAUAAAAUGAGAAAGCUAAGAUACUCUUAUGAAUCAAGAAGAAGAUAAAAUAGCAAUAAUAAAUUUAAUUUUGAAGCUCACUUUUAUAUUUUUGUCAAUGCUAAUCCAAGUUUGAAUAUCAAUAAAAUUAGAGUCAACAAAUAAAUCAUUUUCUAAAAGUUGGUAGACAAAUAUCGAAUAGGAAUAAGUUAAAAAAUUAUCAACUUUUUUGAAAUCCCCUAAUAUAUAGAUUUUCAAUUUUGGAAAUCAUUAACAUAGAAACUAUUAACCAUCAAUUAGGAAUAAAUAAUCGUUUUCAUAUAUCGUUUGAUUCACAAUCAUAGACAUCUAUCAUCAACUGAUUUAUUUCAAUUAGGUUUAACUACUUAAAGCGAGGCUAUUUAGAAAGAUAUUUAAACUAUCUUAACAUACAUACAAUAAUCACUAAACACUGAAAGUAUUGAUAAUGAGGAAAUCGAGUAUUUGAGAAAAUCCUCAAUUUUUAAAGAUAAUUUGACCCUAACUAAUCUACUAACAUGGACAGAAAUAUAUUAAAUCGAUGUACUUUAUAUUAUUUACGAAUUUUAGCAAUCAAAAACUAUUAAAUAAACUAAAGGAUUAAACUAUAGAAAAUCAGUACCCAUAGAUUAAUUUAUUAGUAUUUAUAUGACAGAGGAUAAAGAAGACUCAAUCAAUUACAAAUCAAUAAUAUCCAAAUAUCCAAAUAAAUACGAAUAAAACGAACCAUUUUCUAUAAAUUUUCCAAUCUUUCGACGCAUUUUUUAGAAUUAAAAAAUUCAUCUAUGGAAUGACAUUUACUCUUUUUUUACAGGUUAAAUUUGUUGA